AUGAGCACAACUCCAACGAUUAGGGAUUUGGUCAUUCCAAAAACUUUCUCCAAUGUCAACGACGCUUCGAGCUCAGGUUUUUUCUCCUAUGUAGGGAAAUAAUACUUUUUUUAUGAAUAAAGGUUAGAAAAUGUUCUAUUUAUUGUCACGGUUUUACAAUUUUUUUAAACUGCAUUCACAAAAAAAUGCAUUCUUUUUACAUACCAUCUUGCCAAGUUCAAAACUUUAUGAGACGUUUGAAACAUUAAAAAAAACUACAAAAUCUUCGAGUUUUUAGAAAUUGCAAAAGCAAUAUAAAAUUUCAACUUAAUUUUUGUUAGAAUAGUUAUCAAGAUUUUUUUGUAUUAAUAUUAUUUUUCAAUUUCCUGCUGAAAAAAAUUCCGAAAAAAAUCACACAUUUUUUUCGAAGAAAACUUAAUUUUUAAGGAAAUUCUUAGAAAGCACAGUUUGAAAUUUGAAAAAAACAGAAAAACUUGACAACAAGUUCAAGGAAACUUCCAGCAACUGUUUUUAAUUAUCUAACCUUUUCAGGCGCUUUAACGGGUACACCUUCCCUUGAAAGUUCCAAAUAUGGGACAUGCAACUGUGUAGCCGAGGCCAUUCGACGGAUGAUAACUUUGCGAAAAAAUGGGACGGACGAAGGUACACACUUCACUUCAUUUAUAAAAGAAAAGUUGGUUUUUCUACAGAAAAUGGGUUUAUGUUGGUCAACAACAACGAGGUGAACUGGGCCAAGUUGUUUAUGGAGUUCAUUUUGGGAUCCGCGUAUUGCCAAUCAUCGAAAUGUCAAGGUUUGUGCUCAAUUUUGUUUUACUGAAGUUUCCUUUUUUCAGCCCAUUCCGACGACAUGAUCUGGUACGUACACCAGACGAAGCUUUCUGCAUCCUUUUAUCUUCAGGGGGUAUUUUUUGGUAUUUUUCCGUGAAUAAAACGUCGAGAUAUUCCAGCAAAACAGUUUGAUUCAAGUUUUUCGGCGCCACAGCAAGAAUCAGCCUGCUCCUUGUGACGAAAGUUACAAUUGGGAAGAAACUUUUUGUCUGAACUUCAUCAUGCAACAGGUUUCAGAUGCCCUUUUUUCCAAAUAAGAACAUUCUUUCAGCUUGAUUUUUUUGUCACGUGCGCUGUUUGCACAAAAACUGGACCGCAAAACCUUCAAAUUAUCCGAAAAAACCGUCAAAGAGUUGGUUUUCAGAUCGUUUUGAUUAUACGAAGGUUUCUCAGGUUUUCCCAUCACCAAGUAGGCGUCGCAUGGACAGCAAAGGUGAGAGCGAAGAAAUCACCUAUCCAAAGCUCUACUUCGCAAUCGACGGAUUUGAUGAGGUUUCCGAAAAAAUUUCAAAAAAGCACAUCAAAAAUUUUGAAUUUUUAUUCGCAUACGACCUGGUGUUCCUUUUUUCUUUGAAAGAAGGAAUUUUGAUUAUUAACUUUUUAGGUUUUCCAAGACGUCGUUGUCCGAGAUGGCGAAUGCGUCUGCGUUGAAUUGAUUGCCAGAGAUCGUCAAAGCACCCGAGAAGCUGUCAUUUUUCUCGGCUCCAUUAGAUACGAAAUCCUGAAGCAAGUUUAUGAUACUAAGGUUAGAGUAAAAUUUCAACGUCUUGAAAAUUUCAUUUUAUAGGCCUCUUCAACUUGGCACUGGGCUCAAAAACUGAUGAAGCAAGGCGACAGGCGACAAGAAUUCGUCCGUAUGCGAGGCCCACAGGGAAAGGUCUGUUCACUUUUUAUAACAAAAAAUGCAGAAAAACUCGAAAAUUCAACGUUUCUCCCGUCGAAGGUUUAUUGGACUACAACUAAUCAUUUCCGCCAAAUAUAAAGCUACAUGUAAAAUAUUUAUCUAUUAGGAGGUUCAGGGAUACGCGGAGAUGGCGGUUGCAAGAGUGGCGAAUUGUGGCUACGAAACGCCGUUGAGUGAAAAUGCCAUGGAUUUCUCUGAUCUUCCAGGGGUUUUUAUUAUCUUUUUUUAUGAAGAAAUUGAAUUAAUAUUUUUUUCUGAUGAAAUUCCAAACAUUUUUUUCCGUUGGAAAUGGAAAAAAAGUGAUAAAAUUGAAAAACAUGUGAUCCGUCCAUGCUGAUGUGGAAAAUAUUCGAGAACAUUUCCUACAUUAUCGACAAAAUGAAGGGUCUUGAGCUAGCAAUUGAUAUAGUGAAGUUUCUUUUUUUUAAUUCUAUGAGAUGCUCUGAAAACGAGAAAGCAAAAAAAAAAAGAAUUUUUGUUUAGUCAAUAAAAAAUAAAUAUCCAGUAGAAAAAAAAUUCAGGUUGAGCAGAAUAUGGGUAAAAGAAGGAUGUCGGAAACAAAUUUGGCUGGGAACAAGAUGUUUGCUCCGCGUCCAUCCGUAACGACUCCUUCGCAUUCCGGAAGGGGUCGACGUUGGCAAAGUGAAGCCGAUACCGUCAACCAGUACCCCGAAGUCGAAGGGACUAAUAUCGAUGAUGGUAAGUUUCUUUUUAUCAAAAAAAAAAAUAGAACAAUGGGUUUGAACCUAGUUCAGUAUUAACGUGUUCAUCUGAGAAACGGAACAUGUUUCAGAAAGCCUGACUGAAAGCUGCAAUAACUUGUUAAACAACUAAUAGUGUCUUUUGAAAAUCAGAAGGUUUGCAAGCAAAUCUUAAUAUCAUGUCAAUUUAUUAUUUUUUCUUCAUCGAUCGAUUAGUUGAACGGCGUCGAACCCACUGUGAAUCUGAAAAGUUCCAGUUCAAACAUUUUUUUAUUUCAAUGCAUUCACAUUUUCAGAGCUCGAAGAAGGAGCGAUGAAUAAACUGUGGUCAAUGCGCGGCUUCGGUCAGGCCUGGCACUGGCUCCGGGAGAAGAAAAGAGCCGAGUGCACGCCUCUGAACGCUCUUCUCACCUACGUCACGCUUCCUUGGAACAACAUCUUGAAUGGUAAGGAACUCAGUAACUUCCGUUUUUUUAUUUAAAAAAAGUGAGAGAGGAUCUGUGGUGUCCUUGUGAAUAAGAUCUUUGAAUGAUUAAAAAAAAUUGGAAAAAAAUGUGAAUUAUCAACUCUAGUAGCAGAUGUGUUUAAAAAGUUCAUACUAUCGAGCUCUGAAUGGAUCAUUUUUCUUCAAAACGGCAGUUAACAAAUUUUUCAAUGUUUUUUUUUCAAAUUUACGUCUUACGUCUCUUAAAACCACGGCGAGCAUUUCAAAUUAAACGCCCACAACAUUCCAAAAAUACUACUUCUGGUUUUCAGAUUUGCUAUCUGAUCAUCGAAAGCGGCCAAUUUUUAACCUACGAGUUUGA